AAUGAAGAAAUUAGCGAAACAAGCUAUACUUUCAGUGGCAGGGUCUACAAUCCGCUAUAGGAGAUCACUUCAAUAUUGGGAAAAGUACGAAAUAAUUACGAAACUAGUCUAUUUCGACGAUAAGAGUUUCUAUGUUGAACAAAAGUUUGUAUCAUUAAAAGACAAUUUCACAAGUGCCGUUGCGUACGUUAAAGUUUCAGUUCGUAAGAUUUCACCACUAGAAAUUCUAAAACAAUUAGAAAAUCUUCCGGAAGAAGAAUUAAAAAUGGACUGUCCUGAUUAUAUAAGAUCUUGGAUUGACUUUAACGAUAAAUCUAGCAAUUCUUUAAAGGCUGACAAGAAAAAUUAG